AGCUUAGUGAAGGAGAAAGCAAUAUUUCAAUAAUAGAACUUGAUUUAAUAUCUACUGCAGAUCAUGAAAAUAAAGUAUAUUGCAAAUACUUUUUGUGUGCCAAUAAAGAUUAUAGUGGUGCUUGGGUUAGCAAAAGUAUACAAGUUAGGCAUAAGAAAGCUCAAUGCAUUUACCAAAAGUCUACAACAAUAUAUUCAGAACCAUUGAAUUUAA